GAAAAAUGGCGGCAAGUUGAGCUGUUGUCAGGCUCCUUUUGUUGAUCGUUACUCUCUUGUGGGGUUUAGGCUUUUUACUUUUUAUCUUGGAGUUAGUAACUUAGAAUAAGAUGGCACAACCUAAGCAAAUUACCCAAGACACCUUCGAUGCCGUUGUCCGGGAGAAUAUAGACGAGUUUGAAAUGGAUUUGGCCGAGGCUGUUAAAGAUGCCAAGGAUCAGUUUAAAACUCAGGGUGUGGACUUGUCAAACUUGAUUACAUCAUACGUUAAAGAUCCGGACACAGGUGAACUAAAACAUAGCAAUCCAGUGAAAGGUAAUGGCACGCUUUUAAUACGUUUUACAGCUAAGUAAUUUGGCUUAAAAGAAGAAUCCUCAGGUUAGAUGGAUUUAUCAAGAGAGACAGUGGGCGCUUUCCAUUCAACAAAAUUUUAAAAUUCCGGUUUGAAAUUUCGGAAAUUCCACGUACCCAAUGGAAUGGUACAUUUCAGUUGCACAGACCCGACCCAAGCCAUCGUGCAUUUGGUUAUUGUUCGGGCAAACAGGAUACAAAAGAGCGGUACUGGGGACAACACUUUUGUCAAAUGGAAAAGGACAUUUUGGUCCAACCAACCAGACCACUAAAAGAGGACCACAAGAUGGUCCUGAAUAUUCCGAUUGGAUCAAACCGAAAUGGUCCGUUCCAUUUGACGUACCAACCAAAAUUUCCAGAAUUUUGGGUUGAAUGGAAGCCGUCCACACUUAAGCCUAACUUUAGUUAUAUUUUAUUUUGUUAUAGAUCAAGAGUAGGCUAGAUAAGUUUGAAGGAUUUUAAAGGAAAUAAAGAGAAAGGCAGGGUGCAAAGAAAGUCAGUUUUACAGCUUGUAAUUCGGGCAAGUUGUAACUAGCAUAUAAUAACCCAAAAGUCAUUUCAACUAGCUCGAAAAAACUCUUUGAUAAGCAUUGAUUACAGUUCUUCUGUAAUUUGAAUUCCCCCCAAAAAUUUACUUGGCAGUGGUAUUGGGCAAGUUAAGAACAGAAUUCACAUGACUAGCCUUAAAGCAAAAUUCACUAGCCCCAGGCUAUCAGACACUACUUUUUUGGCAUACUGUGAGAGCCUCUCCAAACUCAGGAGAAGUGUCAAUGUGAGCCUUGGUGCAUGUGGUGGGGUGAGGGAAGGAAGGGAGUCAGAGGUGGUGUCCCUGUACCUUCAAUAUUAUUAUUUAUGUAUGGUGCACUUGAAGCUAAGGCGAAAGAUGAAAAUAAAGUAAACUCUCUCUAAGAUAGACUCCUUAGAGACCAGGCGGCUGUUUUCGAAGGCUGAGGUGCCAGCACUACAGUCCAGUCAAAGAAAAGGAAGGAAUAGAAGGAAGCAGUGCCCAACAUGUAGUGUCUGUUCUGUGAAGGUUUUAUAUUGUGUAUUCUCCCCUGCUCACUGCUUAUGGGUAAAAUAAAGUCCUGUCCGAGAGUCCCAGGGUUCGCACGGUGUUGAAAAGUCCUUGAAUUUUAGGGGAAGUCCUUGAAAAGUCCCUGAAUUUUCUUCAACUUUGAAUGUAGUGGCCUGGAAAGUGCUUUGUAAAUGCCUUUUAGUUAUCCAAGACAGAAUAUAAAUCAUAGCACAGAAAAUUUAAAGGUUAUUUACAUAAAGCGCUCUUUGUUUAUGGAAUAAUUAACUGUCAACUUAAGACAAGAGAAGUUAGUGGAGCAAACAGUUCAACCCUUUAAGUCUUGUAAGAAUAGACUGGGGAUGUGCAUUUUUGUACAAUCUGUGACUUAUAUUCCCGGUAGGUGGUCUUUGAAAACCGAAUGUGGACCUUGAAAAGUCCUUGGAAAAUGGUUGCAAUUUUUUGUUUGGACCCUGACUAUGGGGCAAGUAGAUUUUCCUUCAGGGCAAGUAACUUUCAUCCUCAAAUAAAAUCAUUUACUAAGUCAGACAAGCAACGAGUGGCCCUGGGUGAGCAGAAUGUGAGAGCUGGAAUUCAAUAUUUUUUCUAGCCCUGCUUUUCUAGGGAUUGUCUCUGAUGAAAAAUAACAUGUUUGUGAAUUUCGUGCUCUCAAAGUUUGCCCAUAUCCAGCAUCCACAAUGACAGUUCUCAAAAUUUUGUGUUAAUAAUGAUAUUUUUUUCUACAAUUUAUUAUAGAUGCUUUGGAAAAGAUAAAGACAUCCUUGCAAGAGGAAGAAGCAGAACCUCUUUUGGAAGGACUUAAUAGUCUUUCUCUCGAGUGCAACAAAAAUGAAAAUAAUAGAAAAUUUGCAGCAAGCAAAGAUGCGUUAAGCUUGCUUUACAACUCAUGCAAUCAUGGUUAUUUAUUGAAGGACAAUAAUGUUCUUGGUGCUAGUUUGGAUGCCUUGUCAUCACUUUUGAGUGGUCAAGGAGAGCUUGUAAACUCUAAUAUGAUUGAAUUCUUAGCAAACAGUUUGAAGGAACUAAAAGAAGACAUUUUAUUUGGGAAAAUUGUAAAAGCUGUAAGAAUAGCCUGUGUCAAGAGUGAAUCAAAUCGUCAGACAUUUGUUGCUAAUGGUGUUAUACCUUGCCUGGUAUCUGCUUUAAUGGAAUACAAAAAGUCCUCAGAGAUCAUUGUAGAAAUAUGUUCUGCUUUGCGCGUUUUCACAUUCGAUGAUGACAUGAGUGUAGCCUUCGGAAAAGCUCAUGAGCACGCCAAGUUGAUUGUGACAGAGAAUGCUCUCUCCAUUAUCCUGAACAUUAUGGAAACCUGUGAAGAUAUCGAUGUUGCCAGUGAGUUGUGUGUCACAUUAAGUCGUUUGGCUGUACGAAAUGAAUACUGCAAGGAUAUAGUUGAUCUGGGUGGAUUAAAAAUGGUGCUGAAGCUAUUACAAGAACAUACUUCCAAUCAGGUUUGUAUCAUCACAGGUAACAGAAAUGUUAUAAGGGUUCUUCAACUUUUCACUGAUACUGGCGGAAUCCUCCAUCCUGAUGAAAUACUCCUCUUUCUAAGUUGUCAAGAAUAUCAAAUGUGUAUCAAGGAAUUUGGGACCAAAAAUAGUGGAAAUUAAGGUCGUGGCAUUAAAUGUAACGCUCCACUGACUUAAAAAUAAUAGUAGUAUUAUUAAUGGUGCAGAAGUUAAUGUUUAUAAAAAAUUAAUACAACUUAAAUUAAUGCAAAUUUUUGAAAUUCACAUUGAUUUCUUGAAGCAUUAAUUUCCUAUAAUAAGGUAUAAUAAGUAACUGAAAAUUGAUUGUAAUCUUCUUAAAAUUCCAGAACAUUGCAAAACAGGUGUGCACACUUCUAAGGGCAAUAGCAGGAAAUGAUGAUGUCAAGACUUCUAUUGUUGAUGCUGGUGGCCUCUUACUUAUUGUGGCUGCUAUGGCUACCCAUGCUAAACAACCAACAGUGGCAGAGCAGGGUUGUGCUGCACUGGGGUCCAUUGCUCUGCGCAGUCCCCCUAACUGCACCGCCAUUGUUGGUGCUGGGGGAGUUGAGGCCAUCUUGAAAGCCAUGCAGAUUCAUCCAGAGAAAUCUGGAGUACAGGUAUGGUGGUUUGAUUCUCUUGGUAGAAGACCCUUUCAGCAUUGGGGAGACAGUUGUAAGUGACCGUCCCCCAUAAGCGACCACUUAUCCAAAACAGGGCUUUGCUCUAGCAGAGCCCGGUGACCCCGGGUGCUUAACUUUUGCCCUUGGGCGACUAGAAAAAUAAUCUUAGUUUCUUCACACAAAACAUAUGCUGGGCACCCUAGAUUUUACAGCUUCAGGGCACUGGGCUCCCUUCAAUUUUCCUUAGAGCACAACUUUGCAAAACACCAAACCUUUUUCCAGGCAAACUCUUUAAGUUGGAACCUCUUGCAAAUGACCAUCUCCUAUAAGAAGUUUUCUAUUGUUGUUAACCUCUUGUAAGCAACCUCUUGACGCAUGGUCCGAUCUCUAUGUUCCCCGUAUGUACCAUGCUACUCAGAGUAUGUGAAAAACUUUUAGUGACAACAUGGAACAACACAUAUUGUAACUAAGAAAUUUCAUGCAAUAAAUAAACUUCCAUAAAGUAGAUGAGUCCGCACCUCUUCUCAGAAGAAACCUUUAAAUUGUGGUUUGACUCCUGCAAGCAACCACCUCCCAUGAGUGACCACUAAGUCUUUGCAUUCGGGGUGGUCGCUUGCAGGAGGUUUGACAAUAUCUGGAUUAUGACAUAGUUAGUAGAGGAAAACAUCAAAGUUGAAAACAAUGGUGCUGUAGGUUAUGUUGGAAGCUCCCUGACCGUGCACAAUCCUUUGUUUUCUGUUCACAAAUUAUGACUGAAUAAAUUAAUUCAAUGUUUUUAUUGGUCAAUAACUUCAAAAUGAUAGGAAUGCUAUUGAACGUUGUGCACGGUCAGGUUCAAAAAAGCGAACAAAGACAUAUAACAAAGGGUUUCCUAACCGUUCCACUUUAAUUAACUAUGCUUAUGCUGGACCACUGUCACGGACAAUUGAAGCUUGCCAGCUCUUACUCUCCCUGCAGCUCAGUGGCUGAAGCACCUGUUCAGUUUUUGAGCUUAAGAUCAAGCAUCUUUCUGUAUAAUCCUGACAUAAAACACAUUUUCAGGUCUUAAAAAAUACAAUGUAAGGCGAAGGGCAAGUGUCUUAUUUCAUCUCUCAGUUUGCACAUGCUCUGUGAUUGGUCAGUUUUGGGGGUACAAAGUAAUAUAUGCACACGUGUUCUUUUGGGUAAUUUUAAAUAGCCUGCAAAAGCAUCCGUUUCUCCUCGCUCUUCGCCGCUGGGGACGUUUCACGUGGAGGAACGACGUUCCUCCGUGCAAAACGUCCCCAGCGGCGAAGAGCGUAGAGAAACGGAUGUUUCUGCAGGCUACAAUUUAAACUACCCUAAGAAAUGAUACUAGUAUGUAUCUUACUGAUCUGGUAUUGUUGUUAUGCCAAAAUUGUUUACUGGUAGCUUCUGUAUGUUAUCACAUCUUGUGUUUUUUUUUCUUUUUUUUUUUCCUUCUGGUCCAUGACGAAAAAGCUUGGCCAGUAAAUUUCACCCACAUUACCUUAUAAACGUAGUUUAGCAAGAGGCAUCUAUUUAUUUAUUUACCAUUUAGUUCUUUCACUCAAUACUGAGCAUUUUAGACCGCUCUAGGAAAAAAAAACAAACAAACAAAGGAAAACAAUAGUGACAGAAAUGGCGCUUAUGAGCGCAAAGUAAUAUAAGUGUCAAUAAAUGUUUGAAAUUGCAUUAUUCUAAAAGCAGCCAGCGAAUUGGACAAUGCUAUAUCCCUUGGGAGUUUGUUCCACUCUGUAAUUGUCCGUGGGUAGAAGGAGUACUUGUAGUAAUCCCUAAUGGCUGUUGGCUGUGUGAAAGAGUACUCCAUGGAACGAGUUGAGUACGAAUGGCCUGCGGAUUGUAGAUUGGCAUCUUUGUGAGACACUAGCCUGUGUCGCAUUUUAUACAGCAUAGAUAGGCGUGCUAUCGUUCGCCUACUUUGUAGUGUAGUUAUUAUACUAACUGUUUAUAGUAAAAUACUCACAUCUGCUUGAACUUUACCAAUUAUAUGUAAUUUUUCAUUUUCUGAGAGUACGUUAAAGCUGCUCAUGUUUUGGUGUGUUUGUUUGUUUUUGUAGAAACAAGCCUGUUUAGCCAUUCGUAACUUAGUUGCUCGUAACCCAGAGCACCGUGACAUCAUACUUGAGGCAGGAGGUGAGAGUUUGAUCAGAAAGGCUUAUACACAGAUGCCUGAUUGUGAAGAUUUAGCCAAAGGUGCUUUACGAGAUCUUUUGUGUGAAGUGGAGCUGCAGGAACUGUGGACUGGAACUGGGCAAAGCAAAGUCUAUCACUGA